AUGGGUGCUGCCGUCGCAAGCAUCUCUUCGUGCGAUGCUCCCAAAGAAAAGGAGCAGUCGGAGCAGCAGGACUCGGCCAAGAAGGCAAAGGAAGGUGAAGGCAAGAAGGAGAAGAAGGACAAGAAGAAGGAGCCUUCGAAAGGCGAGAAGGAGACGGAGAAGGAGAAGAGGAGUAGAAAAGGCUCCUCGAAGCGAAACGACAAGAAGGGCGCUGGCGAAGACGAGGUGGCGGAGUCAGAGCAGAAGAAGCAGAAGACUGCCAAGCAAGGCCAGGAGACCAUUGUUGCAGAUCCAGAGGCGGAGGCCGUGAACGUUAUGCAAGCGAGCUCCUCCGAUGAGGACCCAGGUGACGACAUCAUCGAAGAGCUGAAUCACGGUUCAGUGGAGGAGAGAGACCCGAAUGCGCUCGUGGGGCUUGAGGAGGAGGAGAGGGAGAAAUACGACGAGGUUGGCCUGCUGGUGGAGCCUGCGACCGUGGCCGAGGUACCGAAGGUGGGCUUGGAGGACUACUCCGCAGAAGUGCUCGCCCAAGUGCCCAUCCAGGGCUGGCAGGCCGAACUGCUCAAUUCCAAGAUUGGGUAUGAUGCGCCAAGUUGGGCCAUCGCCCUGGCCUCCGUCGCAGAUGCCAAGAUCGACGUCAACUUCAAUGAGGCUCAGGCAACAGUCGAAGCGACCACUGCAAUGGCGCGCCGUCGAGCCGAGUUCGUGAUCACCAAGUUCUUGGAGUCCCGGGAGUCUGGAGGGAUCAUGGUGGACGGGACCCGUCGCCACAGCUUCAUGACACUCUUGAAGUGGAGACCAAUGCCGUCGGACAAGGAUUUGUUCCAGAAUCUGACGAUAAGCGAGGAGGUGCUGGUUGUUCCAGCUCGAGUCCCUUCUGACCAGGAGGAGGCAGCAUCCAUGAGCAAAGGAGCCUUGGUGGAGGUCAGGGCAAACGACCGGGCGGACUGGCAGCCUGCCAUCCUCAUGCAGGAGAAUGUACAAGGCCGCGUCUGGGUACUUCCAGUCCAGGCACACCAGCAAUUGGAGGUCGAGAUAGGCAACGUCCGGCCUGGGUUCGACAUGGUUGCGAUCAUCGGCGAGAAGAUGAGUCGCGCCCGUGCACAGCUUGCCUUGAUGAGCCGCAUGUGGAAGGUGGAGCACGUCUUCGACUUCGGACGCCUAUCCGCCCUCGAACUGAGCGAGGAUGGCCACGACUGGGGAACCUACCGACGCUUCUUCAAGGAGAGUGAUCACGGGGACUUCCUGUACCACCAUUCAUCUCUCAUUGAGAAGGUGGUGUCCAAAGCAAGCGGUACUGCUGUGGCCGUUCUUAAUUGCAUGGUGAUGUGCACUGGCGCUCGAUGGGAACGCAGCUGUGCGGCUGGAAUGCUAGAGGACCUCCAGAAGGCUCACGCGAACAACGCCGAGAUACUUCGGGAGGACAGACAGUGCAGUCUUCGGCUGCGCGUGGGUCGGCAAAGCAUCCUCCACGUGCUUCACCGGAGGCCUGGGGAGAUUCUGCCGGAGGAGGAGGAGUUCAAGGUUCUCAUCUUGCGCAGCCAGGGAAGCAAGGAAGCGCAGAGGGAAGCGAUAGCCUACAAAGCCGGGUCGCCAGUAGAAGUUCUUCAUAACGGGAGGUGGACCGAAGCGACUGUGGCCGAGAAGGAUCAAGAGGAGGAUCCGUCAAAGGUCAAGAUCAGAUGGCCAGACACAUCCGUCGAUGAGUACGAGCCAGAUCAGGUCCGAUUCCUGCCAGUGGACGAGGUUCUCGUGAUCUAUGCAGCCGAGCCUUGGAGGCGACAGUGUGCGGCUCUCCGCUUUUUGGCUAGAGGAGCCGAUGCGACCGGUGAUGGUGGCACCAGAGCCUUGCGGGACAUUGCCAAAAUCAAGGUCGUCAACAAGGAACGUUUGCAAACCGAAGAGUUGGAACAAGAAAAGGGGAGCUCUGACAUUCUCAAGAAGGUCAGCAAGCGAAUCGCCCGUGCAUCGCAAUGCGGAGUUGAGGCCGUUGCCGACUGCGUGGUGCUGCACGGAGAUCAUGAUGCGCGCAGCAGCGCCAAGCUCCUCCUGGGCUGGGCGAUGCGACAACGGGGCGACCCCCUGGCCCAGUUGACCAAGCCUGCGGAUGACAUUGGCAUGCUGGAAGUGGGAGAAAGUGAGGUGAAGGCACUGACAGAGGAGAUUGUGGAGGAGGUUGAAAAGCAGGCGAACGUGUAUCUUUUCGUGAGAGAUGAUGUUAGCCAGCAGCAGUACAAGUACGGCGACAAGAUUGAGUUUCUGUGGGUACAGGAAGGUCAGUCGGAAGCGAGUGGGAAGUGGAGCGACGGCACGUUCAUCCGCCGAUGCGUUGGCGAGGGCAAUGACGUCAAAGUCAGAUACGAGCACCAACAAAAGAACUUCGAGACUGUCGUCCCGCUCAAGCAUGUGAG